AUGAAUUGUCCUUGGUCCACUACGAAAGGGAAUUCCGUUGAGGAGGAUUUAGAUGAGAAAGCAUAUCCGACUAAUAAAUCCGACGCCGUCAAUCGCCAUAUCCAAACGCAAGACGACAAUUCUCAACUUCCCCAGAAAACAUAUGGAAUUGGAAUUGUAAAAGGUGGAUACCACUGGAAUUCUGAUUACCAAUGGAAAUCAUCGCACCUCCCCAAGCCCGAGCCGCCGCCGGGGAUGAUAAUCCAGCGGUCGCGAUCCUCGCCGGAGACGAUUGACGCUCCGGCGGCGGCGAUCGGGAAGUUCCUCCGCCAGAAGAGCAGCAGCCUCUCGGCGGCGAUUACAAAGCGCCUAUCCUCCCUGAAAAGGCAAGACGAGGAUGCGGUGGUGAAGGAGUUCGAUCUGGUGGGCCUCAAGGUGGUGAAGGCGCCCAAGGAGGAAGUCAAGGGGAGAGUGAGCUUCUUCUCCCGGUCCAAUUGCAGGGACAGCGGCGCCGUCCGGUCCUUCCUGCGCGACAGAAAUUUGAAUUUCAUUGAGAUUAACGUUGACGUGUACCCCAGUCGGGAGAUGGAGCUGAGGGAGAGGACCGGCGGCGUCUCCGUGCCACAGAUAUUCUUCAACGAGAAACUAAUCGGAGGACUGGUGGCGCUAAACUCGCUGCGCAACGCCGGGAUGCUGGAGGCGAAGCUGGAGGAGAUUCUGGGGAGGAAGUGCCCGGAGGACGCGCCGGCACCGCCGGUGUAUGGGUUGGACGAGGCGGGAGAUGAGGAGGAGGACGAGGCUGCGGAGAUGGUGAGGGUGGUGAGGCAGAGGGUUCCGAUUCAGGAUCGAAUCAUGAAGAUGAAGUUAGUGAAGAACUGCUUCUCCGGCUCCGACCUGGUGGAGGUUCUCAUACACCAUUUAGACUGCGGGCGUCGGAAGGCGGUGGAGAUCGGGAAGCAACUGGCAAGAAAGCAUUUUAUUCAUCACAUUUUCGGCCAAAAUGAAUUCGAAGAUGGGGACCACUUUUACAGGUUCCUUGAACACGAGUCAUUCAUACCAAAGUGCUACAACUUUCGAGGUGUAGUCAAUGAUUGUGAGCCUAAGGCGGCAGCCUGUGUGAGUCAGAGGCUGGGUUGCUUAAUGUCAGCAAUAGUCGAGACUUAUGCAUCUGAUGAUAGAAGGAAUCUAGAUUUCAUUGGAAUUAGCAUGAGUGAAGAGUUUCGUAGAUAUGUAAAUUUAGUUGAGGAUUUGCAAAGAAUGGACCUCCUAAGCCUUCCCCAUCAACAAAAGCUGGCCUUCUUUUUAAACCUGCACAAUGCAAUGGCCAUGCACGCUGCUGUGAUAAGUCGUAAAAUGGAUUCUGAAUUCAUGUACAUUGUCGGGGGCCAACCCUACUCAUUAAGCUCUAUCAAAAAUGGGAUUCUCAGAAACAACCGAAGACCGCCAUACUCGCUCACAAAGCCAUUUGGCAAUGCUGACAAGCGCCUGCAGCUGGCUUUUCCCAAACUCAACAAAUUCAUUCAUUUCGGGACAUGGAAUGCAACCAGAGGUAGCCCCAUACUAAGAUUCUUCACUCCUCAAACCAUUGAAUCUGAGUUGAGAAAUGGCGCAAGGGAGUUUUUCCUAAGGGAUGACGGGAUGCAAGUGGACCUUGCCAACAGGACUGUCUACCUCUCUCGGAUUAUUAAGUGGUAUAGUGCAGAUUUUGGUCAAGAAAAGGAAAUCCUCGAGUGGAUCAUGAGCUUCUUGGAUGCGAGUAAGGCUGGUCUUCUGACACAUCUCUUGAGUGAUGGAGGCGCUAUCAGCAUAGUUUAUCACAAGUAUGACUGGUCUUUGAAUUCUUGA